AUGUAUAGCGACACAUCCCAUAAUUUGUAUGUCUGCAGUGGUCUACGCGGACUCGUGAAGCACUGGUCGCACGCACAAGCAGUUUUACCGAAGAUCCGUUUAAGAGACGCAAUGGACGGUUUUGACAAUCUCAGUGCGUCGGAGAAGGCGGAAGCGACAGAGCUUCAGCGGUUGAUUGCCAUAGAACAGCAAAAGGCUCAGUUUCAGGCCCAGGUGCACAACUUCACAGACGUGUGCUGGGACAAGUGUGUGGACAGUCCAGGUUCGAAAUUAGACUACCGGACAGAAACUUGUCUUGUCAGCUGUGUGGAGCGAUUCAUUGACACCACCUUGACCAUCACCAACCGCUUCACUCAAAUGGUGCAGAAAGGCACUCAUUGAACAAUGGACUGCAGAGACCUUUGUUGGACUUUAUUAGCAUAUUAAAAAUAUCUAUACACAAAUGUUUUGGAUUCCUAACAUGUUUGGGGUUAGGGAUGUGAAGAAUGACAACAUUACUAUGAUAUACUACUGUGAUCAGCAUGUUUGUUAGCAUUUCAUGUUUGAAUGGUGUGAUCAUCGAAUUGGAACACAAGUAAACUGGCUGUUAUUGGUG